AUGCGUGCCUCCAUCACUCUUGCAAUGUUUCUUAUGGCGAUCGAGCUGAUCAAUUGCCAAACGCUGAAUAUGGGCCGAUGUCCUACAGUAGAAGUGAAAAAGGAUUUCGAUUUGGCCAAGUACGCUGGAACUUGGUACGAAAAUACUAAAAACAGAAGAUAUUGGUUCAUCAUGGAUUCAGGACUUAAAUGCGCUUCGGAAACUUACACCUUGGAAGGCAACGACACCAUUAUUGUGCACAACAAAGGCCAGCGUAUCCUCCCAAUAUAUGAAAAUACUAACCGGAAUGUAGUCUCCCCACAGGACGUACCUUACUGGGUACUCGACACCGACUAUACGAAUUAUGCGGUCGUUUGGAGUUGUUCUGUUAGAGCAAGGGUUAAUGCCCAGAUUACCUGGAUUCUAACGCGUGCAAUUAAACCCGAUCCGUCCGUCUUGCGAACGGCAAUGGACGUCCUUAGUCGCAACGGCCUAGGUCGUACGUCAAUGAUCCCAACCAGCCACUCGAGCUGCAGAGAAGCGCCCUGA